GAGGACAAUUCCACCCUCUCCUCCACAUGGGAAGCCAGACACACCUCCCGUCCAGCGCAGAGCAGCUAUUACAUGAGAGGCCUCUGUCAUCAGCAUGGAGCAUGCACUGAUAAGACUGUGCAAGAGGCUUCUCUCCCUUAUCAGUUUCCUGAUUGGAAAGUGCUGAUUGCACAGACUGGGGUUAGGGAGUUAGGUAAGAAGGCAGUGCUAAUCCACCAGGGGAGGGAUGGCACAGUGUCACCUGGGUGUGUGGGCACAGAUAUAAGUGCUCACAGCAUCCUUCCUCUCUACCUUCCUCUGCCUGCAACCUCUUCCAUCAGAAGUCAUUGUCUACAGCUAGAAACAUGGACAAAAAGACAAUGGCUCCGUUCCCGGAAUUUCAGAACCAUAUCUCAGAGGACAAGGGCAAUCUUCCCAAGUACCCUGAUCUUCCUCCUAUUAGUAAUGCAGACCCUCCAAAUGACAAUGUUAGUACACAUGACACAGAGUCACUACCUCCAGCUUACUCUACUGUGGCAUUAUGCAAAGACACAUCUGAAGAGGAACAAGAGUUUGACCCAUGGGAGAUGCCAGAACUUAAGAGUACUGGACCAAAGUGGUCAGAAAUGAAUACAAAACAGCGUAUCCUAACAGUUCUGAAGUCCAUCACAAAAUUUGUCCUCUUGUUGGCUUUAUUAUAUUUCUUUGUUUGUUCCUUGGAUGUAUUGAGCUCUGCCUUCCAACUGGUAGGAGGAAAGGCUGCUGGAGAUAUUUUCAAGAACCACUCUAUACUGACCAAUCCUGUUGCUGGACUAGUGAUUGGGGUUUUGGUGACCGUCCUUGUACAGAGCUCGAGUACAUCGUCAUCUAUUGUGGUCAGCAUGGUGUCAUCUGGUCUUCUUACAGUUAGGACAGCCAUUCCAAUCAUCAUGGGAGCCAACAUUGGUACAUCUGUCACAAACACCAUUGUGGCUUUGAUGCAGUCUGGUGACCGGAAUGAAUUCAGAAGGGCAUUCGCAGGAGCCACGGUGCAUGAUUUCUUCAACUGGCUCUCAGUGCUGGUUCUACUGCCUAUUGAAGUAGCCUCAGGAUAUUUGUUCCACCUCACCAAUGUCAUCGUCAAAUCUUUCAACAUACAGAGUGGAGAAGAUGCCCCAGAUAUGUUAAAAGUUAUCACAGAACCCCUCACUAAGGGAAUUAUUCAGCUUGAUAAGAAAGUCAUUCAGGAGAUCGCCAGUGGGAAUCCAGCUGCUCAAAAUAUGAGCCUGGUCAAGAGAGAAUGUGGAUACAAGGAAUGGAUAAAUGCUAGUGUGCCUGGUAUAGAGGACUGUACUGCCAACAGAACAUGCUGGACAGAUGAGAAUAAUGUGACAUGGACAGAGGUUUCUGAAGCUGUGAAAAUCAGAUGCUCUCACAUCUUUGCUGGCAGUGACCUCCCUGAUCUAGCAGUGGGACUCAUCCUGUUGGCCUUGUCAUUGUUAGUGCUUUGUUUGUGUCUGAUUUUGAUUGUCAAGCUUCUAAAUUCCAUGCUGAAAGGACAAGUCUCUGUUGUCAUCAAGAAGAUCAUCAAUACUGACUUUCCCUUCCCAUUCUCAUGGUUGACUGGAUACUUGGCAAUGCUUGUCGGUGCAGGAAUGACAUUCAUUGUGCAGAGCAGUUCCGUCUUCACAUCCGCUAUUACUCCACUUAUUGGUAUUGGAGUGAUUAGCAUAGAGCGGGCCUAUCCUCUGACACUCGGGUCUAACAUUGGAACAACAACCACUGCCUUGUUAGCGGCACUGGCCAGUCCAGGGGAAACUUUGCAGUAUUCUGUGCAGAUUGCGUUAUGCCACUUUUUCUUCAACAUAUCCGGAAUAAUUAUUUGGUAUCCUAUCCCCUUCAUGAGGCUACCAAUUCGCAUGGCCAAAGCCUUGGGGAACAAGACAGCUAAAUACAGAUGGUUUGCUGUUGUUUACUUGAUCCUGUGCUUCUUCUUGUUGCCCCUGGCUGUCUUUGGCUUGUCCAUGGCCGGAUGGCAGGCACUGGCAGGAGUCGCCAUCCCGAUUGUGGUUGUAAUUAUCGCUGUAAUCAUCCUCAAUGUUUUGCAAUCCAAAUGUCCCAGAGUGUUACCAGAUUUUCUAAAAACCUGGGACUUCCUCCCCAAAUGGAUGCACUCUAUGAAGCCUUGGGAUGGCUGGAUGUCUACCGUCACUCUGUUUUGUGGUCGAUACUGUUGUUGUUGUUGCAAGAAAUGUAAGCGUUGUAAGUCUUGCCAGGAUAAAGAAGAUGAAGAAGCGUCAGCAGAAAAGCCCCAGGCUAUGGAGUGUCAUGAAAAUGCUGUAGAUCUGACUGAUGAGCUCCCAUCUAAAGAUCAAGGAAGGACUGUGGACCUCACCACCUUGUAAGACAAGAUCUCUUCUAGGGACUACACCAAAUGGACUAAAACCUCCUACUCACUGGAGUUCUGAUCAAAUCACUAUUUAUUUUGUGACCAGAGUGGUUAAGAUAAAAAAGAACACAUUUUUGUGGUAGUAAUUAUGUCUUUGUCCAUUUCUAAUCACUGGCAGUAUUGUAACUAGGUUAUGCUGUAAAGAUCUGCUAUGGACUAGUGAAUAUUUGGUGGAUAGAAUGGAGAGAACUGGAGAAAAAACUAAUAGGGUUAUUUAUCAAACUGGUGUAAAGUAGAACUGGCUCAGUUGCCCAUAGCGACCAAUCAGAUUCCACCUUUCAUUUUGGACAGCUCCUUUGGAAAAUGAAAGGUGGAAUCUGAUUGGUUGUUAUGGGCAACUGAGCCAGUUCUACUUUGCAACAGUUUGAUAAAUGACCCCAUAAAUGUAUGACUCAAUAAACCUAAUUAUAUCAAUCCAUAUAAACAAGGAAAGACAUAUUUUCAAUGGUAAAAACCUAAAUCAGACUGUGCUAUGUACUGUGUACAUAUUAAUACAAAUGUGUGAAAUCACUCAACCCUUGUAUAUAAAGAAAACGAAUAUUCUACUGUAUUAUAGAUGUAAUAUUUUUACCAUAUAUUCAUAUUUCUUAUAGAUUUGGCUAUUGAGGCCAAGCCAGAACCCAUGUACAGUUGUCAUAUGUUCUAAUAUGUAAUAAAUAUUGAGAUUCUGAGUUAAU